AGACCGUGAUCGCACACAUACCAAUUUGGAUUAGUGUAAUACAGGUUACUUAUCUGCUAAUUUUUACCUCUUUGCUUAAAUUAUAUUAGCAAUAAUAAAUAUUAAAUUGUGGAGCAAGUGUCAUGUGAUGAAACUGCUUUUUCAAUAAUUAGUAGGUUAAAAGAAAAUCAAAAUUACUUUGUUUGCAGAAAUUAAAGUUUUCAUUGUUAAAAACAAAUAAAAUGUUCCGACCCACAUCAAGUUUUGAUAAAUUACUUGAGAAGGCUACUAGUCAGCUACUUCUGGAGCCAGAUUGGCCUUCAAUUUUACAAAUUUGUGAUCUUGUAAGGCAAGGAGAUACGCAGCCUAAAUAUGUACUUUCAGCAAUAAAGAAAAAAAUAGUGAAUCCAAAUCCUCACAUUGCUCUUUUUGGCUUACUAGUUCUAGAGUCUUGUGUCAAGAAUUGUGGCAGCUUAAUACAUGAUGAAAUUGGCACAAAGCAAUACAUGGAACAAUUGUGGGAUGUUGUAAAAAAUACACAACACGAAGAAGUUAAAGUAAAAAUCUUAGAGUUGAUUCAAGCCUGGGCUUACGCAUUUAGAAAAAGUCCUAAGUACAGAGCUGUUCAGGACGUAGUAAAUAUUAUGAAAGCAGAAGGUCAUAAGUUUCCGAUACUGAAAGAAAGUGAUGCGAUGUUCAGUGCUGAUACUGCUCCAGAAUGGGCUGAUGGAAUAACGUGUCAUCGUUGUCGAGUACCUUUUACCCUUGUUCAACGCAAACAUCAUUGCAGAGCUUGUGGACAAGUCUUUUGUCAACAAUGUUCAAGUAAAAAUUCAACACUUCCUAAAUUUGGUUUUGAAAAAGAAGUCAGAGUAUGUGAGUCUUGCUAUGAACAAUUUCAUAAGCCUUCUACUGUAUCAACGAAGGAAGCUGAGCUUCCUGCAGAGUAUCUUAACAGUUCCUUAGCUCAACAAGUACAGGUUCCACCUCGUAAAACUGAAGAUGAGCUUCGUGAAGAAGAAGAAUUUCAACUGGCUUUAGCAUUGAGCCAAAGUGAAGCAGAGCAUAAAGAAAAAGAAAAGAAACAUUCAACUGCUUCUUCACGAUCAAAUUCUGUAUCAGUUACAAAAGUGACAUAUUCACCACCACCGUCAUCUGCAGGUACAAGUUCGGUAGGAGUUACAGAUGAUGAUGAAUUAUAUCCUGAACUUGCAAAAUAUUUAAAUCGUCAAUAUUGGGAACAAAAACAAAUAGCAACAGAUGAUCAUAGCUCUAGGAUAAACAUUACAAGUCCAUCUGCUCCCAAUAUUAAUACUCAUACAUCUCAAAAGAUUAUUAGUGUUAAACAACAAAAUGGUGAAGUUGAUACAGAAAUGGAAACAUUUGUAAAUGCUUUACAAUCGCAAGUGGAAAUUUUUGUAAAUCGGAUGAAAAGCAACUCUUCUCGUGGAAGAUCAAUUGCUAAUGAUAGUUCCGUCCAAACCUGGUUUAUGAACAUCACAGCAAUGCAUUCAAGGUUACUAAGAUACAUUCAACAACAAGACGACAAACGUGUGUAUUAUGAAGGAUUGCAGGAUAAGGUUGCUCAAAUUAAAGAAUCCCGACUAGCUUUGGAUGCUUUGCGAGAAGAACAUAAGGAGAAAUUACGAAGGGAAGCUGAAGAAGCCGAGAGACAAAGACAAUUACAAAUGGCUCAUAAAUUAGAAAUUAUGCGAAAAAAGAAGCAGGAAUACUUACAGUAUCAACGUCAGUUAGCUCUUCAGCGAAUUCAGGAACAGGAACGUGAAAUGCAAAUGAGGCAGGAACAACAAAAGCAACAAUAUAUUUUAGGAGUUUAUCAGCCAGUUCCAAAUUUUAUUGGACCACCUUCUCAAAAUUCUCCAGUACAUCAAGUUCAGUACAUUAAUCCAGGGUGUAACUACAACUCGACAUCUGCAACUCAUCAGAAUGUUUACAGUUACGGUCAGCCACCGGCAGGAGGUUACCCAAUAAAGAAUUAUGGACCGAUUGCUAUGGGUUCAAAUAACAAUCAAGAACAACAAAUAACAACGGAUUUUCCGAUUCAAAGUAGAGAAAAUCUUGGACAUGUUACCAUUUCAGGACCUUCUAUAAUAUCGCAAAUAAGUGGUCCAUCUAUACCUUCAUUACAGUCUCAAAACACUGCAGGUGUAGGGCUUUCAAAUCUUCAAAACAACCUUGGUCAUAUUAGACCUCAACCUCAACAAGGAAUUCCAGUUCAUGGUUCAUUAUCACAAAGGCUACCCUUACAUGUUAUUCAGUCCCAAGGACUACAAUCUCAAGAUAUACAAAGUCAAAUGGCAUCCUGUCAAGCUGGUCCUCAAGUUCAAUGUCCUGGUGGGCAAAUAUCAACAUCCGCGCAUGAUUCAUCGAACCAAAUGGGACAUCAUUCAUCAAUACAACAGCAAGGGUCUUCUUUAUCUCAUGGAAAUAUAAUGCAACAACAUGCGUUAAACAUAAAUAUUGAACCUCGAAAUUUAGGACCAAGUCAAGUAUCGGAAUUAUGUUCCAUUAACAACUCUUCGCAAUUGUCUCAACAAACUUCUACCAUGGAAAGAUCUGUUGCCUCAAGAACGUCGGGUUCAUUUCCAGUAACGACUUCAAAUCAAAAUAUUAACUUUAACCCACAGGUUCAGUCGCAACCGACAGAAAAUAUGCAACAAAAGGAAGAGCAAAAACUCGAUAUAGCUGAACUGAUUUCUUUUGAUUAAUUAUUUUUUUAAACUCAUAAAAAGCAUUAAAAAUUUCUAAUUUAUUUUGUAACAUUAGUAGAUAAGAGCAUUUUAGUUACAAAAAAAAUUGAUGGAUAAAGCUACAUUAAAUACAGAAAAUUUUAAGAAUACCUAAAAUAAUGACGAUAAAAAAAUCAUUUAAAGUAGAGUUAAUUUGUUUUAUAAAAUUAAUAAAAUUGGUAAAGUUUAAUUUAUUUUAAUUUAUCUAAAAGAAUAUUUUAAUAAAACUUAACUCUUUGCUUAGAAAAUUCAUUUUUAGAAAAAUUUUCUCUGAACUUAAAACAUAAUAAUAAAAUUGAAUUUUACUUAAUAAUUUCAUUUUUUCAAGUUUUAGGUGAAAAAAACUUAUCAUUAAAUAUUUAAGUUAUAGUAAAAUUUGAAUUGCUUUAAUUUUUCUGUAUGUAUAUUUUUUGAAACAAAAAAGAAAUAUAUAUAUAAAUA